UAUCAAGCUUGAAGGUGCACGCCUAGCAUCGCCGAGCACGUCGAGCAACACCGAGCAACAUCGAGAAACGCCCAUCUUCAUGGUCGAUUUUCUGGUCCCCCACUAUAUGCGCAAAACUCGCUUCCACGUGGGAGAGGGUGCUCAACGAUGGUGGGAUCUGGAUCCCCACUACGGCGAGCAUACGGUUUAGCUCGUAAUUUGCUCAAACACUAGCAGGCUCUCGCGCCAGAAACAUCCGUCAGAGCUGGUGCUCGGUUCUCGAGAGCUAGAUUUCACGAAACGCGCGACGUGUGUUCUUAUUUUGAGACUUUACGGCGUCCUUGUCUCGGUCUUUUUUUGUUUUCUUGCCGUCAAUGAGGUCAGGUCGUUGGAGAGUGUCGGACGUGACGUACGAGUGAGUGCUGUGAGACUCCAGUCAGUGCGACGGCGUUCGUGAUUACAACGAGGUCGCAUUGGUUCAGUUACGCGUUGUAUAAUCCUUUCAAUUGGUACACCUUGACGUUGACGUUGGUGAAAAGAGGCUCAAUACUUCAAUAUACUCAAUAUACCAAGUAAUAAACAAGAGUGUAUAUAGUGAAGGGUAGGCACAAGUUUAUAUUCGUAACAAUCGUUCAUCCGUGAUAGAAUCAUAAUAGUUUAAUGUAAAGUUUGAACGGUAUUUAUAUUUCUAAUAUCAAGAUAAAAAUAUAACGCGCUGAAUCUGAUUGUGUCCGUGUAUAUGUUGCAGUGUAUACAUAUAUUCAUACAAAUAAUUUUUUCCAAGAGAUGGAAUGUCUCAAAAAUAUGAAAUAUAAUGAACAUUCAGCAUUAUAAUUAUAGUAUAGCACUUGAUGGAUAAUUAAAAGAAAGCAUCAUAUGCAACAUUUAAUAUUAUGUUUAUGGAAAACGCUAGAAAGGUUUAUUCUAAAGUGAAAGUGAUCUAGAGACAUUGGGACGAGUUUGUGGAUUAAUCGUUUUAGUGAUGCGUGAACGGCAUGUUGAAUCUUGACUGUCAGUUGCGAGUGAUUGUCGAGACCAUCGGUAUCAAUAGAUGUUAUAAAGGCAACGGACCUCAAUGUGCUUGAGGGAAAAUGAUCAGAGAAUUCUCCAAGUUCUGAAGAAUCUUUGUUUUUUAAGAAACAAUCAAGAUACUUUAGGAAUUGGUGCAACAAGAAAAGACAUUAUCGAACUAGUGAAAGCUUCUCGGUAAAACAAGAAAUUGUGUUAAUAAAUUGAUGAUGCUUAUUCAAAGUAAAUACAUCCGGAAGUCUCUCCUUAUUCAUUAAAUUACUUCAUCAUCUCAACUUAAUAAAAAUACUAUAUAUUCUUUUCUCGAUCGUUCCGAGAUAGACGAUUUCGAGGUGGCCGCAAUGAUGCGGCGAAUCUAAUUCGAACAAAUUCAAAAAACGCAGACGCGUCACAUUGGUUCCGGCACAGUGGGUUGUCCACCGAAGAAGCGUACGAUAAUCGUACGAUGAUGCCGCUCGCGCCGACGCCAAUCGUCCCGGUGCCGUCAAAGCCGAAGAUCGGUUUCAGCAUCGACUCGAUCGUCGGCGGCGGCGGGCAGGGUGACCGCGAGGCGGAUCGCCUGGACCGGCUAGAGCGAAAUCGAAGUCUACUUGAAAUCGUCGAACGCGAUGAUGGCAGCCCCAUGGAGAUAGUCGAGGGCUCGUCAUCGCCGAGGGCGCGCCGGAUGGCCGCAAGAUCACCCGGUGUUCAUUCCGAGAGCUCAGACCGGCCUGUCUCCAGAAGUUCCUCCGUCGAAUCGUAUCCGAACUCGCGACGGACACCGUCGCACGCAACCGGAGGCGGCGGGGGUGGGGGCGGCGGCGGUCACCAUCACCAUCAUCAUGGUACCAAUCAUCACGGCCAUCCGCAUCCGCAUCAUCAUCACAAUCUGUCGGCGACGACGCAUUUGGACUUUCGUGAUCUCCGGACGACUAGUCACAGCGAUGCCUCCAGCCCAAACAACAGUCCUAGCCCGCCGCAUAGGAUAUCGCACGGGGACUCACCGAUCGGCACGCAUCCCCAACCACCCCCCGGGGUGGUCAGACCUAGCCCCAACUACCUCGCGCCGCCGCCCAGCGCCGCGACUGCCGCCGCUGUGGCUGCCGAGCAGCUGAAGUCUUUGUACGGUUUACCCGGCCACGGUCCAGCGAACCCGCAGACCGGCCAGAACGAGUAUCAUACGCAGCAGCUGGCCCUGGCCGCGAAUUUGGCUGCGGCCCAGCACUUCCAGGCGGCGAAUCUCGCGGUGGCGCUCCAGGCGCAUCACGGCGCAUCACCUCAUGCACCCCCGCACGGGCCCUAUCCGCACGGUGGUGGCCCCGGCGGGCCUCAUCCACCGCCUCAUCCCCAUCAACCACCCAGAGAUAGUUACCCCCUGUAUCCUUGGUUGCUCUCAAGGCAUGGAAGAAUCUUUCCUCACAGAUUUCCUGGAGGUCCCGAUAUACCCGGCUUCCUGCUUCAACCCUUCAGAAAACCGAAGAGAAUAAGGACAGCCUUCAGUCCGAGCCAACUGCUGAAACUGGAACACGCCUUUGAGAAAAAUCACUACGUCGUCGGCGCGGAGAGGAAGCAAUUGGCGCAGGCGUUGUCGUUGACGGAAACGCAGGUAAAAGUGUGGUUCCAAAACCGUAGAACAAAACACAAGCGAAUGCAGCAAGAGGAAGAGGCGAAGGCCCAACAACAAUCGGGUGGCGGAGGUGGAGGCGGCGGCGGCGGCGCCUGCGGCGGCAACGCCAACGCCAACAACAACAGCAACAACAAAAACACUCAUCACGUGAGCAAAUGGCAGCAGGAGACUGGCGACUAUCAUCACGAGGAGGAUGACGAAGAGGAGCACAUCGACCCGGAAGCCGAAGAGUGCUCGAGCAGUUCCGAAGCGUAGCUAGACGUUCUCUGCCUGGAUUAAGAUCCAGGAUCGAGCCGAGUAUCCUGAGUGGAUUCGAACAGAGUUCGAUCAAGGUAGGAGCUAGCCGACUCGGAUCUCCUAAAUCGAGUUUCUUCGAGUUCCGGCUGCGUAUCGAGGAAUCGGGCUUCACUUCGAACAGAGUUAUCGGUGUUAAUGUUCCGGGGCAAGAGGUUAACAGUAGUGAAUGAAUUCCCACGAGUGGUUCCGUUGAGAUCGCUGCGCGAUCUCGCUUGGGUCAUGGCCGAGGCUUUACGAGUAUGAUCUCAAAGAGCGAAAAUCGGCACUGGAAGGCCUCAGAAAUCGCUUAAAAACGAUACUCAUCCUACUUCGACUGAAGGUUCACCGGCGACAUUAAUAUAAGAAUGAUUGGACAAGAGUCCGCAUCCUGAAGAGCCUUUUUAUCAGCGAAACCGCCGAGUUUUGUUCCAAACUUGUCAAAUUAAUCAAAGAACUAAAUACGCAGUAUUAUGGUCACUCAUCAUCGAUUUUUUUAAACUCAAUCAUUGUUUGAAUCGUUGUUAAAAAAUGCGUGAAUUAGUUUAAAAAACAAAGUCACUCCCAUUCUUUUAUAAUCUAUGCUGUAAUUUUACACAUAAUAUGUUAAAAAGAUCGAUAAUGGGAACUUAGUAUUGCAUAUUUACCGUCGAUAGGCGAUGCCAGAAAACAAGAAUGUUUCAUUUUCUUCGUCUUUUUUUCUUUCAUUUUUUCUUUCGAAAUCACGAUAUAGUUCCUCAACAUCUUCAUUCCGCGUCGUUGUCGAAGGGAACGGUCGCGAACGAUCUGUAAAUAUCCUCGAGAGGAUAAGACGUUCUUCGGCUAGACUACCUUACAACGAGGCCGGAAAAAACGAUGGAAAGAUCGAAGGCGUCCAUUGGAAACCGACUAAUGGAGGCAUUGUCUGCGAGAGACGAAACUAAAUGGACGCGCUUCCGGCGGAAAGCGGCGGAUGGUGGAUCGAGAACGAUCGACGUAUCAAGCGGCGAAUCAUUUUUUGGCUGGUUAUUCAAACUCCGCAGAUUUUUGUGAGUCUUAGUUUUAACGGUUAAAUUAAACGGUGAAAUCUUCAAUUUUAUCCCGGAUUUUUUUUAAUCAAAAUUUUUAAUUUGUUAGAAAAUUGCUCGCAAAAUAAUUUUUAAAGCGGUUGUUAAAAGAUGAUCUAAAAUGAAAAUCGAUCCUUUCGCGAUUCGCCUAGGUUCGCCGAUCGCCACCGGCGCGCUUCGUUGACCACCCUUAUCUUGCCAUAAAAAAUUCGCCAUAAAAAGUAACUUUCGUCGGAUGGUGUAAAAUAAAAAUGUAGCAGGAGAAUAGAUCGCGGAGUCUUUGUGAAAGCAUCCCGACGUUUCUCGUUUUCUUUCUACAAACGUGAAUGUAAAUAAAUAACUGUUAAGAAGGCAUAGAGAUGUACAUGUGCGUGCGCAGAAACAUAAGUAAAACGAAACUUUAAAGUGAGUGCCAAACUUCGUACCCUUAGUGAAAGAUCCCAGUGUAAACGAAAUGUAUUUGCAAUUGUAUUUAAGUCGUUGUUCUAUACGAGCGAGCAGUAUUCCUUUCGUCGAUCGGUGUUACGAGAUAUAUACUGACGAUUUAAAUUAUUAUUGCUAAUGUGUGUUAGAUCCCGUGCGCCAUAAUGGAGCUGUCGCAUUUGUAAAUAGAAAUUUUAAUCUCGAAAUCGUAAUAUUAAUACAUCGAUUCUCUCAAUAUUUUAAUAUUAUCAAGCAGCGCGAGUUGCAUUUGGCGAGUAUUAGAUUUAUUUAUUUAACUUGAUCAGAGAGAAUUCGCGCUCUCAUCGAUUUCAUAGAAAAUUUAUUUAAGUGUUGCGCGUAUAGGAAAAUAAGUUUUCACGUAUAGGAAACAUAUUUUCCUACUCCGCUCAAGAAAAUCGCUCGAUUGUGGCGCGGGGCUUUCGUUUGUAAAUAAUCCUGUAAAUAGCAAAUUGUGAUUUUGACGUGCAGAGCCAUAGAAUUGUACGAUCAUCAAAUGACUCAGUUCGUGUUCUCUAGCGAUAUAGCGAAAUAAAUUAUACCGUCUACAAGAA